GCGUGGCGGUUGGCAAGUUAGCGCGAAUCCGGCGCGAAUUAAUUUGGAAAUGGUGCCGUGCAGCUGUGUUUAAAACCAAGCGGUUUCAGACAGGUAACAACAGCGAUCUUCACCAGAGCCAUCGUCAAACGAGUUUCGCCAUGUCGGGCAAUGACGUCGUCGGUUACCUGCGACAGCAGCAAGAGCGGUACGGCAGCGCUGAAGGGGAGCGGUGGGGCCGCAUGGAGACCAUGUACAGCAAGAGGCUGUGGCAUCAGCUGACUGUGGAAUUGCUAGAUUUAGUUCAGAGUCCAGCUUUUGCCACUGGAGACAGGAUUAUCAAGUUGUAUGAAAAUUUCAUCAGCGACUUUGAACACCGAAUCAACCCACUGUCUCUGGUUGAAAUGAUUUUACUGGCUGUCCGGCAGUAUAGCGAUCCUGAAAGUUCUCUGAAGCUGCUGGAGAAAACCAAGGAGAAGGUUAAAAGCAGCGACGAAGCUGAAAUUCUCUGCAGAACUGCUAUUGCUGCAAUCAAUCUGAAAACUGGUGAUCAUCCAGCAGCUAAACAAACCCUGGAUGAAGUGCGGGUGAUGCUGGACAAGCUGCAGGGGGUGACAUCUCUUCACAGCCGCUUCUACCACACGUCCAGCAGUUACUAUCAGGUCAUGGGGGAGCAUGCUUCAUACUACAGGGAAGCAUUGCGCUAUCUGGGCUGCGUUGAACUGGCCGAGCUUUCUGUGGCUGCUCAGCAGCAGAAGGCCUUCACCCUUGGCUUGGCUGCCCUGCUGGGUGAAGGGAUUUACAAUUUUGGGGAAUUGCUGAUGCACCCCAUCCUGGAGUCUCUGCGCAGCACUGAUAACCGCUGGCUUAUCGACACCUUGUACGCUUUCAACAGAGGCGACGUGGAGGCUUUCUACAUUCUCAAGGGCUGCUGGGACACCCAGACUGACCUAGCUGCGAAUGAGAGUAAACUGAAGGAAAAGUUACAACUGCUGUGUCUCAUGGAGAUGGUGUUUACUAGACCAGCCCAUCACAGACAGAUAACCUUCCAGGAGAUCUCUUCUCGGGCCAAGUUGCCCGUCAAUAAGGUGGAACUGCUUGUGAUGAAAGCCUUGUCGAACGGUCUGGUUAAAGGAAGCAUUGAUGAAGUUGACAGCAAAGUCUACAUGACCUGGGUGCAGCCUAGAGUUAUGGAUCUGAAGCAGGUUUCUGGAAUGAAAGAUCGCCUGGAGGUCUGGUGUGAAGAUAUCAGGAAGACGUCCUUGCUUGUGGAAAACCACGCUCACGAAGUCCUUGGAUAGACUGUACAAGGAUGGGGAGGACAAACCAGAUUUUGCUUGUUUUUGUUUUUCUUCAUUUUGUAAAUGUGAUCCUAAAAUAAACUGCAUGAAGUCUGAAUGAAAUGUGAACCCCUUACUUGAGCCAGUUAAAUAAAGGUGGUUCUUGCCUUGUGCUCCCUGA